UAAUAUAUAUAGUAAUUUUUUAAGAAAAAUUUAAAAAUACACCCAGAACAGGUAGACUUUCUCAAUGAACACCUGAUGUUGAAAGCUGAAAGGCGCGAAAACAUGAAACAAACCUCUUCUCUUUUUGGACCAAACAAUGUUCAAUGGAAACAACCUAAUAUCUACAUGCAGGCGAAUCCUCUGCAAUUCACGGCCUCCUGCUCUUAGUACAUUGUCUUCCUCACUUCUUGUCCCCUCACAAGACCCUCUUCUCUUCAGCCCACAAACACCAAACCAGUCUAUCAAACCAUUGCCUCCUUAUUUGACCCAGUUCCAAAACCCAGUUAAUCACACGAAAACAUCUCAGUCUCAACUCAAAACUAUACCUCAAAGCCCCACUAAUUUUUCGCCCUCAAGUUCCGGAAGUUAUGAAUUUCUAGUCCAGCGGUAUCAAUUUUCUUGCUUCCAUGGGGAUGCCAAAAAGCUCCAUUUACACAUUGUUAAAAACGGGUUUUCCAGUGAUUUGUUUUUGUCGAAUACCCUUAUUAAUAUAUAUGUCAGAAUUGGUGAUUUGGUUUCUGCACAUGUCCUGUUCGACGAAAUGCCGACUAGAAAUUCUGUAACUUGGGCUUGUUUGAUUUCUGGGUAUACCCAAAAUGAUAUGCCCAAUGAGGCGUGUGCUGUUUUCCGUGAAAUGGUAUGUGCGGGGUUUUCUUUGAAUAUCUACGCUAUUGGUAGUGCUCUUCGAGCUUGCCAAGUUUCAGGACCUGGUGGGUUUAGACUUGGGCUGCAAAUUCAUGGUUUAAUAUCAAAAACCCCAUAUGCAUUUGAUGCUGUGGUCUGUAAUGUAUUGAUUUCGAUGUAUGGGAAUAGUAUGGAUUCUGCUGAUUAUGCUUUUCACGCUUUCGAUGGAAUACAGAUGAAGAAUUCAGUGUCGUGGAAUUCUAUUAUUUCAGUUUGUUCGCAAAGAGGUGAUACGAUUUCUGCUUUUGAACUCUUCUCCAGCAUGCAACAGGAGGGCUUGGGAUUUAGUUUCAAACCUAGUGAGUAUACUUUUGGGAGCUUAAUAACUGCUGCUUGUUCUUCUAUGGACUACGGUUUGUCCUUGCUUAAGCAGAUGCUCGCCAAAAUUGGAAAGUAUGGAUUCAUACAAGAUCUGUAUGUGGGUAGUGCUCUGGUAAGUGGGUUUGCAAGAUUUGGGUUGCUAGACACUGCUAAGGAGAUUUUUGAGCAAAUGAGCGAGAGGAAUGCAGUGUCCAUGAAUGGCUUAAUGGUUGGAUUGGUGAGGCAAAAACGAGGUGAGGAAUCAGCUGAAACUUUUUCAGAGAUGAAAGACCAGGUUAAAAUAAAUUCUGACUCUUAUGUAGUCCUUUUGAGUGCUUUUCCUGAGUUCUCUGUGUUAGAAGAAGGGAAAAGAAGAGGUAGAGAGGUUCAUGCACAUGUCGUCCGAACUGGCUUAAUUGAUUCCAAGGUUGCAAUUGGAAAUGGACUAGUUAAUAUGUAUGCUAAAUGUGGUUCAAUUAAUGAUGCGUGCUCUAUUUUCAGACUCAUGGUGAAUAAAGAUGCAGUCUCAUGGAACUCCAUGAUCUCUGGUCUUGACCAGAAUGAGUGUUUUGAAAAUGCAGUCAUGUGCUUCUGUAGAAUGAGAAGAACCGGGUUGAUUCCUUCAAAUUUUACAUUGAUUAGUGCUUUGAAUUCAUGCGGGAGCUUAGUUUGGAUCAAACUGGGAGAACAAAUACAUUGUGAAGGGCUUAAACUGGGACUUGAUUUAGAUGUUUCAGUUUCGAAUGCUCUUCUUGCUUUAUAUGCAGAGACUGGUCGGAUCAUUGAAUCCCAGAAAGUGUUUUCUCUAAUGACAGAUUAUGAUCAAGUUUCUUGGAAUUCUGUUAUUGGGGCAUUUUCUGAUUCAGAGGAAUAUGUUUCUGAAGCUGUAAAAUAUUUCUUUGACAUGAUGCGAGAUGGAUGGAUUCUUAAUAGAGUAACCUUUAUCAACAUUCUUUCUGCAGUUUCAUGUAUUUCACAUCAUGAACUGGGCCCUCAGAUUCAUGCUCUAUUGCUAAAGUAUGAUUUUCUGAAUGACUGUGCUAUUGAGAAUGCUCUUCUCUCUUGCUAUGGGAAGUGCGGGGACAUGGAUGAUUGUGAGAAAAUUUUUGCUAGGAUGUAUGAGAGGAGGGAUGAUGUAAGUUGGAAUUCCAUGAUUUCUGGGUACAUCCAUAAUGAGUUUUUAACCAAGGCUGUGGAUUUGGUCUGGUUUAUGCUACAGACGGGUCAGAGAUUAGACUGCUUCACCUUUGCCACUGUUCUUAGUGCAUGUGCCUCUGUUGCAACAUUGGAGCGUGGCAUGGAAGUUCAUGCUUGUGCAAUAAGAGCUCGUUUGGAGUCCGAUGUUGUAAUUGGGAGUGCACUUGUUGACAUGUAUUCCAAAUGUGGAAGGAUAGAUUACGCUUCAAGGUUUUUUGAAUUGAUGCCCGUGCGGAAUGUGUAUUCUUGGAAUUCCAUGAUCUCUGGCUAUGCAAGGCAUGGACAAGGACACAAAGCUCUAGAGAUUUUCACAAAAAUGAAGCUAGAAUGUCAACCACCAGAUCAUGUCACCUUUGUUGGGGUCUUGUCAGCUUGUAGCCAUGUGGGGUUUCUUGAGCAAGGUUUUAAGCAUUUUGAAUCUAUGAGCAAUGAAUAUAGUCUGACUCCUCGGAUAGAGCACUUCUCAUGUAUGGUAGACCUUCUUGGGCGAGCAGGUGAACUUGAUAAGAUAGAGGAUUUCAUUAAUAGAAUGCCUAUAAAUCCUAAUGUUCUUAUUUGGAGGACAGUUCUAGGGGCUUGCUGUCGAGCAAAUGGUCGCAAAACAGAUUUGGGUAAGAGGGCUGCUGCAAUGCUUUUGCAAUUGGAACCUCAAAAUGCGGUCAAUUACGUGCUUCUCUCUAAUAUGUAUGCCUCUGGAGGGAAGUGGCAUGAUGUUGCAAAUGCUCGGGCUGCAAUGAGGGAAGCAGAAGCGAGGAAGGAGGCUGGGUGUAGUUGGGUCACCAUGAAAGACGGUGUUCAUGUUUUUGUAGCCAGUGACAAAUCACACCGAGACAAAGAUGCUAUCUAUGAAAAACUCAGGGAACUGCACAGGAAAAUGAGGGAUGCAGGUUAUGUGCCUCAGACAAAUUUCGCUUUGUAUGAUCUUGAACUGGAAAGCAAGGAAGAACUCCUUAGUUAUCAUAGUGAGAAACUUGCAGUUGCUUUUGUUCUUACUCGCAAAUCAGAAUUGCCAAUAAGGAUAAUGAAAAAUCUCCGAGUUUGUGGCGACUGUCACUCUGCCUUUAAGUAUAUCUCAAAAAUUGUUGGUCGGCAAAUAGUAUUACGAGAUUCAAACAGAUUUCAUCAUUUUAUUGAUGGUAAGUGUUCGUGUGGGGAUUACUGGUGAUUAACAGGUUCUAUUGUUUGGAGGUGUUAGCAAUAUCAAGAUACUACAUAUGGAAUAUGUCAUUUGGAAGACAUGACAACAUACAUGGAAGAGUUCAAGAACAUAUUUUCCUGAUGGACAUUGUAUGAAUUGGACAAUGGUUCAGGAACUUGGAGUUGGUGCAUAUUCUUCCCCUAAUUCGGCAUCAUGUGGGUUGAGGCAAGUGUAACUGAUAUGCAGUAUUUUUUAACAUGAAACACAUUUCUAUUGAUUAUCCCUUGGGCUAACUUAUAGACAGUCUCCCACAUGAAAGUUUAAGAUAAUGAGGUUGAACACAAAAGUUGCAUUACUGGGAUUCUAGUAUAGGUAGCCGUAUGCACUGUUAGAGAAAAUUGUCAAAGAAUGAUUACAGGAUCAGAGAAAUUUAUCAAAGAUAAUAUGGCUUCUGCAACACAGAAAAGUGAUUUGAAUUGUCUUGACAGUGCUUCCAAGGACAAGAGAAAGCCAAAGGAAAGUUGGGGGAGACUGCAAGAAAAGCCAGAUAGGUCUGAGAAAGAAGUGGCCUAUAUAGCUGAAUUGCAAAAAUAAAUCCUCUUGUGGUUCGCGUAAGGCUCUCUUGAUUUUUAGAGCAUACACAGAAGUUGUGAAGAUACUGUGUUCGUGUAGAACCAUUUACUUAUUGUACAUAUUCAUUUUUUGUAUAACUAAACAAUAGUAUGAUUUUCUUCUCUUUUUCUUAACUCAA